UUGUGUUGUUUGAGCUAGUGAUUAAUUUUCAAACGAAAGUUGUAAUCAUCAUAAAUACUCAUUUUUAUCCAGCAUGCCACAUUGAUAUAAGAGGCUUAUCUCACACUCAAUUACCACUGACAGGAGUCUUCCUGAGCUCAGUGGUGAGAUACGUGAUUGCAAAUAAAUUUUGGUGGAAGGUUCGGAUUGAUUACAUGACAACAAUAACGGUGUGUUACCUGCGGGCGGGUCGCGUGAUUGACGGUCCGGCAGUACGAGCCGCGAUCUGGAACAUCAUGGACCUGCUGAACAUUCUCAAGUGUCGGUUGGAGAUUGUUGACGACGGCGUAACCACCAACCGAUUGAUCGACGAGCUGGUUUCAUUUGGUCCACUGGAGGCGUCAGUACAUUUGACAGAGCUGGACAAAGUGGUGAAACGGCACUACCAGUGGAUUCGUCACCUUCCAGUGGUGCAUCCUUUCUACACGGUUCGAAACAAUAACGACCUUCGGAUUUUGGGAACCACAGUUCUUCUGGAUUGCGGAUAUGUGUGCACAUCCAAAUCGGAGGUGCUACAAGUGUUGGAACUUGGAGUUGACCCGGAGUGGAUACUACUAAAGAGUGCAGCAGGAAAUGACGAACUGUUGAAGUUUGCUCGACGGAAACGGUUGUUGCUUGCCUUCAACAAUGAACAAGACUUAAGGAAUAUUCAUCACUUUUAUCCAGAAGCAGAGUUACUAAUUAGCUUUGAGUAUGAGGCCGAUCCAUUCCUGGAGCACGAUUCCCACAUUCGAACGCACGAAUUACUAAACCUAGCAAAGGAACUAGAACUGGAUGUCAUCGGUUGGACUUUUAAUUCUACUCCUCGUCAUACCAAUCACAAUGCAGUGUUUGAAAUCAUACGAAAAGGACGGGAAAUCACAGAUUUCGCUUUGAUCGUUGGAUUUGAUUUUAAUUUCAUCAAUCUUGGAAGCAGCUGUUCAGAACAUCACGAUCAAGAUUUGGUCCAAUACUCUAUCGAAGUGAAUCGCGCCUUGCAGGAGUUUUUUCCAGACAGUAGACAGUUCACCAUAGUCGCGGAAUCGGGAGCAUUCCACUGCGCUCCAGCGGUGACAACAGUCAGCACCGUAAACGGAAAACGUGUUUUCUGGCAUCCAGAGUUUCCGUCACAAAUUGAUAAGGUGUAUUAUUACCUGAACCAUGAUGUCGGUGAGAGCAGUGCAGUUGUGAAGCCCAUCAUUUGGAAGGAUCCCAGGAACUGUGGUAUGAUCUGCAACUCGAAUUUGUACGCAUCGAGCAACAAGUGUUUGGUUGAAAACGUGCCUUUACCGGAGGUGAACGAAAUGGACUCUUUAGUUUUUGAAAAUCAAGGCUCAAGCAACAGUAGUGCAAUGGAUAGUCCGAUCUUUCCGAUAACGUUGACGGUUAUAAGAAAAAGCAUGUGGCAUUUUUUAGAAACGCUAUCAAUAUCGGAAAACCCCAGAAGAUUUAUAUUCAAUUCUCAAUACCUCAGCAGAGAAACAAAGAUUGAACGACUGAAAUUUGAUUGAUCGACAAAUGUCAACUGUUUGUAAAUA